UUAUCAUGGCUUUGGUUUUGAUUAUUGUGUCCUAAAAUAGUGUUGUUACAAAAUAAUGUCACUAUAAUUAAUGAUCCGAGUGAGGCAUCAUGUGAAUUGAAGAAUUUCCUGGUAAAUUUCGGAGUAGAAACGUAAUAGAAAAAAUCAAUCCAAUGAAUUCUGAUAAAAGUCCACCCCCUUGCAUCAAAACCUAAAUACAAGUAGUUAUCUACAAAGAUGCCACUGCCCCUGUUAGUGUAUACUUUUUUGAAAUUUUUCUCAGCAUUCAAACUCUUAUAAUUCAUCAGUUGGUAAUGAGUCAUUUUCCAAAGUCUUCUUUUUUCCAAUUAUACUCCUAUUUGUCUUCUGACAAUUAUUCCUUUCUUUCAAAGCAUUUACAAUGAAUCCAGAUAGCUAGCAAGUUCACCAUGGCUUCAUUAUUUCUUCCACUUGUGCUUCGAAAUCUGGACUCCUUGAUCCGAAAUGAGGUGGGCUUGCUUUGGGGGGUUGACGAGGAGAUGAAGAAGCUUAAAAGCACUCUCUCCACCAUCAAGGCUGUACUUGAAGAUGCGGAGCGAAAGCAACUGCAAGACAAAGCAAUUCAAAAUUGGUUGAGAGAGCUCAAUGAUGCAGCCUAUGAAGCUGAUGACAUCUUGGAUGAUUGCGCAACUGAAGCCCUCCGAUUUGAAUCUAAAGGCCAGAGUUCUGGUUCUCUGAAGAAGAAGGUAAUCACUUGUUUAUUGACUUUUAAUCCUAUUGAGAACAUUAUGUUCCGUCACAAGAUAGGGAAUAGGAUAAAAGAUAUUACAGUGAAGUUCGAUGCAAUUGUUGCUAAUCGUAAAUUUCACUUGCAUGAGGAAGCUGUGGAGAAGAGAGUUGAAUAUGCUGAAAGCCGUGAAACCAGUUCCUUUAUAACUCAACCAGAACUGUAUGGAAGAGAUGAAGACAAAGAAAAGAUUGUCAAAGUUUUGGUUGAGGAUGUAUGUGAUAGCGAGGACGUUUCCGUGUACCCUAUAAUUGGUAUAGGGGGGCUUGGAAAGACAACCCUCGCGCAAAUGGUCUUCAAUGAUGAGAGGGUGGAACGCCACUUUGAACCUAAAAUCUGGGUUUAUGUUUCUCAGGAUUUUGAUGUGAAAACGAUGAUAAAAGCAAUAAUAAGAUCUGCAUCUGGAGAAGUUUCUCAAGACUUGGAUCUAGGUUCUCUGCACAAAACCCUUCAAGACAAGCUGAAUGGGAAAAGGUACCUGAUUGUAUUAGAUGAUGUACGGAAUGACGAUCAAAAGAAGUGGGUGAAUUUGAAGUAUCUACUAGCAUGCGGAUCGAAAGGUGCUUCAAUUGUCGUCACUACUCGUCUUGAAACUGUUGCAUCAAUCAUGGGAACUAUCCCAUCGCAUCACUUGUCAUUUUUAUCUGAUGAAGAUUGUUGGAUGUUGUUUAGGCAUGUUGUUAUUUUUCAAGAACAGUGACAAAAUAAGAACAUAUAAGAACUAGAAUGAGCUGCCAAAAUGACCUUAAUAUUUUAUUGACUAGAAAGUGCUUUAUAUACAUGAAAAAUAUAACAGAAAUGCAUAACAACUUGCAAAGAAAUAGCAUCACAAGCCCAUGAAUAGAUGAGCUUAUCUUAUAGUUUCCUAUUUUCUAG